AUGACAGCCAGUGUUGACGCUUCUGGCUCCGCGUCGCCCGGCUCGGUGGGGGGUCUCUCGUCCCCCGGCUCGGCCGACCCGGCCAAGCACCCGGCCAUCCCGCUGGAGCCGCUGGCCCAGCAGCAUGCGGCACCGGCCGACAAACCGGCCGACCCGCCGGCCGACAAACCGGCCGACCCGCCGGCCGAUCCGCCGGCCGAUCCGCCGGCCGACCGGUCGCAGCCCGCGCCCCGGCCCAUCCAUGUGUGGCACCUGUUUCGGUACGCCAGCCGAAUGGAGCUGGCGCUGAUCGCGGCCGGCACCCUGGCGGCGGCCAUGCACGGGGCCCUGCAGCCCCUGUUCACCAUCGUCAUGGGGGACAUUGUCAAUGCCUUUGGCGACCCGAAUGCCGACCUGGCCGGGGCCGUGGCCGGGAGCGCCGUGUGGUUCGUGGUCUUCGGGCUCAUCUGCCUGGCCACGGCCUACAUCCAGGCGGCCACCUUCAUGUAUACCUCGCACCGGCAGGCCACCCGCAUCCGGGAGCUGUACUUCCACUCGCUCCUGCGCCAGGAGGCCGGCUGGUUUGACACCCAGCAGCAGGGGUCGGUCACGUCGCGCAUCAGCUCCGACAUCUUCCUCAUGCAGGACGCCAUCUCCGAGAAGUUCGGCGUCAUGGUGCAGCACAUCGCCCUCUUCGUGUCGGGGUUUGUCAUUGCCUUUGUCCACUCGUGGCGCAUGACGCUGGUGGUGGCCUCCCUGACGCCGCUGCUGGUCCUGUCCGGGGCCCUGUCCGGCUGGGUGAUCAAGAACUUCGCGGCCGAGGGCCAGCGGGCGUACGCCGCCGCCGGGGCCGUGGCCGAGGAGGUCUUCGGGGCCAUGCGCACGGUGGCCGCCUUCGGCGGGGAAACCCGCGAGAUGGGCCGCUACGCGCGUGCCCUGGUCCCGGCGCUGCGGAGCGGCGAGCGCAAGGGCCACGCCAAUGGCCUGGGCAUCGGCUUCAUCUACUUCGUCAAUUACUGCUCCUAUGGCUUUGCCUUUUGGUAUGGCUCGACGCAGGUGAAUGGCGCCCGCAUGGACGCCGGCCAGGUGAUCAUCGUCUUCUUCGCCGUGAUGAUGGCCUCCACGGCCAUCGGCCAGGCCAGCCCCAGCCUGACCAGCCUGGCGCAGGGGCUCGGCGCCGCGCGCGACAUCUUCGCCGUGCUGGACCGCCAGCCGGAGAUCGACAGCCUCAGCGAUGAGGGCCUCAAGCCGGACACCGUCACCGGCGACCUGGCAUUCCACGAUGUCCACUUCACGUAUCCCAGCCGGCCGGACAGCCAGGUCCUCAGGGGGCUGAGCUUGAGCGUGCCGGCCGGCAGCACCGUGGCCCUGGUCGGGCACUCGGGCAGCGGCAAGUCCACGCUGCUGCAGCUGCUCGAGCGCUUUUACGACCCGGUCGCCGGGUCCGUGACGCUGGAUGGCGUGGACGUCCGGGACCUGUCCAUCCGCUGGCUGCGCAGGACCCUGGCCCUGGUGCAGCAGGAGCCGGUGCUCUUUGCCGGCUCGGUGGCCGAGAACAUCCGCCUCGGCAAGCCCGACGCCACGGACGCCGAAAUCGAGGCCGCCUGCCGGCUGGCCAAUGCCCACGACUUCAUCAGCAAGCUGCCGGAGAAGUAUGCCUCGCAGGUGGGCGAGCGCGGGGGGCAGCUUUCCGGCGGGCAGAAGCAGCGCAUCGCCAUCGCCCGGGCCCUGGUGUCCAAUCCCAAAAUCCUGCUGCUGGAUGAGGCCACCUCGGCGCUGGACAACCGGUCGGAGCGCGUGGUGCAGGACGCCCUGGACAAGGCGGCCAAGGGCCGGACCACCAUCGUCAUUGCCCACCGGCUGUCGACCGUUCGCCAUGCGGACUUGAUUGUCGUCGUGGACAAGGGCGCCAUCCUGGAGCGCGGCACCCACGACGAGCUGAUGGCCACCGGCGGCCUGUACUCGCAGCUGGUCGAGCACCAGAGCCUGGCCGAGACGUCGGCCAACGCCCCGUCGGGCGCCGCCCCGAGCGGCCCGCAUGCCGGCGACCAGGCCGACGACCACGACGACGACGACGACGACGACGAGGACCCGGAUGCCGUGAAGCCCGCCGACUUGGCGGCCCUGCCGGCCGAGGCCCGCGACUCCCUGGCCGGGGACGAUUACCGCAACAGCCCGGUCAUCCGGGCCUACAUGCAAUCCAUCGGCGACUGGUACUACAUUGUGAUGGCGGUCAUCGGGGCCGUGCUCUUCGGGGCCAUCUAUGCGCUGUAUGCCUUCCUGACGGCGGAGAUGAUCGACGCGCUGAAUGUCAAGCGUGGCGAUGACCUCCGCCAGGCGGCCCUCCUUUGGGGCCUGGUGUUCCUGGGGCUCGGGGUCUACUCGGUGGCGGCCAACUACCUGAUGAGUGUCGGGCAAUUUGUCACGGCCGAGCGGCUGACCGACCGCAUGCGCAAGCUGGCCUUCCAGGCCAUUGUUCGCCAGGAGCCGGCCUGGUUCGACCGGCCGGAGAAUGCCACCGGCAGCCUGGCCGCGCGGCUGUCCACCGACGCCAGCAACAUCCAGGGCGGCACGGCCAUCCGGCUGACCACCAUGGUGGUCACCUCGACCACCAUCCUGGCCAGCCUGAUCCUGGCCACGGUUUCCUGCUGGCGGCUGGGCCUGGUGGCCAUGGUGUGCGCGCCGCUGUCACUCCUCGGCGGGUAUCUGUCCAUCAUGGCCACGGUUGGGUUCAAUGAGAAGAACCGCCGUGCCUUCGAGCAGAGCGGCAACUACGCGGUCGAGUGUAUUACCAGCAUCCGCACGGUGAUGGCCCUCAACCGGCAGGAGGCCUUCGCCAGCAAGUUCUCCCAGGCCCUCCAAGCCCCGAUGCGCACGUGCUUGAGGAGCUCCCAGCUCAUCGGCGUGGGCUUCGGCAUGGUGGACACCAUCUUCUACUUUGUCUUUGCCCUGACCUUCUGGUAUGGCGCGCGCAAUGUGGAGGCCGGGUUCUGCACCUUUUCGCAGAUCAUCCGCGGGGUGUUUGCCGUGGUCUUCGGCGCCACCACGGCCGGGCAGAUUGCCGCCCUCGCGCCGGAUUACGCCCGCGCGCGCGAGUCCAUCAUCGCCCUCUUCCGGCUGAUCGACCGGCCGCUGGUGAUUGACCCGCUGGCCGGGGCCGACCAUGCGUCCUGCUGCCGGCCCAUCACCGAUGGCCGGGUGGAGUUCCGCGAUGUGCACUUCGCGUAUCCCGGCCGGCCGCGCGAGGCCGUCCUCCGGGGGGUCAGCUUCACGGCCGAGCCCGGCCAGACGGUGGCCCUGGUCGGGGCCUCGGGCUGCGGCAAGUCCACCCUCAUCCAGCUGCUGGAGCGCUUUUACGACCCGACCAGCGGGCAGGUUUUGGUCGAUGGGAAUGACGUGCGCGAUGUCCUGGUCGACCGCCUGCGCCAGGGCAUCGGCCUGGUGCAGCAGGAGCCGGUGCUCUUUGCCGGGACCAUCCGCGAGAAUAUCCGCUACGGCCGGCCGGACUGCACGGACGAGGACAUCAUCGCCGCGGCCGAGGCGGCCAAUGCCCACUCCUUCGUCCAGGCGCUUGACGGUGGCUACGACACGGAUGUCGGCUCCCGUGGGAGCCAGCUUUCCGGCGGCCAGAAGCAGCGUGUGGCCAUUGCCCGGGCAAUUGUCCGCCAGCCGGCCAUCCUGCUGCUGGAUGAGGCCACCUCGGCCCUGGACUCCGAGUCGGAGGCCAUCGUGCAGGAGGCCCUGGACCGGGCAUCCAAGGGCCGGACCACCAUCGUCAUUGCCCACCGGCUGUCGACCAUCCGUCACGCGGACAAGAUUGUUGUCAUCGACCAGGGCCGCGUCGCUCAGCAGGGCACCCACGACGAGCUGAUGGCCACCGGCGGCCUGUACUCGCAGCUGGUCAACCAGCAGCUGGCCGAAUGA